AUGGGAGACAAAAACCUUCAAGACUUGAAGGGUAAGGGCGUUGUGGUAUACGACGACGAUCAUGAAGGCAAUCAAGAAUGCAUUCAAUUGCAACAUCCUCCUCUUCAGUUUCAAUACUACAUUGCACCUGGUUUCAAGUUUCUGCCGUCUGACGAUGAGUUGGUGUUUAUAUACUUGACGAGAAAGAUUCAAGAUCCCGAAGGUUUCCAGCCCCCUUUUAUCCCAGUAAUGAAUGUCUAUGAUUAUCUUCCUCGAGAGCUGCUAGAGGAGAACGAAGACAAGGAUGCUUAUUUCUUUACACCAAGAAAUAAAAUAUAUGAAAACGGGAGUCGAGCUGCUAGAACUGUUAAAGGAGGCCCUGGAUACUGGAGAGCAGGACCACCCAAAAAAGAAAUUAAAGAUGUCGACGAUAGAACAGCUGCUUAUAAGAAUAGCCUUAGGUUCUUCCAGGGUAAGAGUAAAAAAACAGAUGGUACAGAUUGGCAAAUGAAAGAAUUUGUCAUGUGUCAGGACGAAAAAGAAAAAGCAGGAUGCAGCAGCAGCAGCAGCAUGAAGUUGGAUGAUUGGGUCCUAACCCAUAUUUACUUGAAAAAAAACGGAGGAGAUUGA